CAACGGUCACAGUUUCUCCGGGAGCAACCGUGCUCCGAUCCACUCAUGGGGGACACAACGACGACCACCACCACUGAUGAUGAGGACCAACCACCAACCAGCAAACGCCACCUGAGCUCCUCCUCUUCCAUUUCCGACCACCGCCCACUGCCGAACAUUCCCUUCGAUAUCGUAGCCAAAAUCCUCCUGAAUCUGCCGGUGAAGUCCCUCCUCCGUUUCAAGUCCACAUGCAAGUCUUGGAACGAGUUCAUCUCCGAUCCUCAGUUUGCCAAGGACCAUCUCCGAGCCUCAGCUUCGGACCCCAACCCCAACCGCAACCGCUUCCUUGUAACCUUCAAAACCUUACGGAUCAACAACGAGUCACAACCGUACCUCAGAGACUACCCCAUCUCCUCCGUGUUAGACGGGUCCGAAGCCACCGCCGCCCCCGCGCGUAACAAGUUCCCCUGCUUGGAGAGCAGGACGAAGUUCCUGUGCGGCUCUUGUGACGGCAUGAUCUGCAUGGCCACGAAUCCAAGCUGGCCCAUCGUUUGGAACCCUUCCACCGGAAAGUUCAAGGAACUUCCACCUGUCUCUGCAGCUGACGGCGGCCUUGUGUACGGCUUCGGCUACGAUCAUAUCGGUGACGGUUACAAGGUGGUGGCAACCUUAGACUUGUCAAACAUUCGUCUUGCUGCGAAUCGUAAUGAUUACCAAUUCGAUAACUUUGUUUAUACCUUGGGUACCGAUUCUUGGAGACAGAUCCAUGGAUUUGCAGGCUUGGUGGUGAAAGACAGUUCAGGGAAAUUCGUGAAUGGCACUCUUAAUUGGUUGGCUUGUGAUGCAAACAACUUGGCUGUGGUUCGUGUCCUUUCUCUUGAUUUGGCGACGGAGCAGUAUCAAACACUGAUUAUUACUCCCGUUGAAGGAAGACCCGAUAUAGAGGUUAGAUGGUUGCGCUCCGCCGUGUUAAAGGGGUGCUUGUGCAUCGUGGCGGAACGAGACAUGGUUGCUGACUACUUCGUCAUGAAGGAAUAUGGGAAUGCUGGUUCUUGGAAUUUGAUGUUCAGGAUCCCUUAUGCGAACGUGCUUCCUGAAUUUUUCAGCUUUCACAUGGCUCCGAUUUGGGUUUCUGAGGAAGGAGAUGAGAUUUUGUUGGCAUAUUUGGGAAUGUUGAGUGUUUACAGUACCAGAAAUGGCGGGUCUUUUAAAGCUGCUGGGAUUGGGUUAUUCAGAGGUUCCAUGCUUGCAGCUGCUUAUACUGAGACUUUGAUGUCACCUUCUUGA